AUGGAUACAAGCCAGAUCUUCAGAUUCUUGGAUCUGCCAGGGGAAAUUCGGAAUCGCAUAUACGAAGUUGUCAUAGAAAUAAGCACGCGGACAUUCCCAAACACAUAUCCAAAGUCCACGACAUCUCGGCGCAGGGGCUUACGGCCCGACUAUGAAGUCCGGCGACCUCCUCACAAACCUCUCCCCUUCAUCGGCCUGACACAAACCUGUACACUUAUCAGAAUGGAGCUCCGCCCACUCUGGUUGUCGACACAUCGCUUCCCUCUGUUUGCCUUAGAUGGAUACUUCAAAUCGUUUUUCCCUCCUCCGCUCCGGGCAAACCAAGCGAGCGAUGAAAUCAGACAACGCGUGGCACGCUACCACCAUCCCGGAGGUACUUUGAGAAUUUGGGUGAAUAUAGACUCACUGGUCGGUAUAGACAUACUCCCAGCAAUCAAGUUUCACCUGCGCUUUCCCAUGUACACGUUUGAUCUUGUCUCAGGACAUCCCAGAGUCACUGCAGAAGACCGAAGCGCUGUAUCAAAAUUCAUUCACAACCCCAAUGCGACUUGGACUCGAUGUAUCAAGCAGCACAUAAUUACGCAAGUGCGACUGCAAAUCAUGGACCGCACGCCGGGCAUGGAGUUUGUCCGGAUUGUUGUCAAAGAGAACCAGGCGCCUGAUUGGAUGAAGGCAUCUUGGGGGCAUAGUGAUGACGAUGUCAAGGAAUAUACAGCAAGGCUGGGGCUAGAGGAGGUUAAAUGGGCCAUAAGAUUUGGUACCGAUUACUCCUGA